AUGCAAGAGCUCACCAGUGUACUGCAGUAUUACGUUGCGAAGAAGAUCUCCGAGGACCGCCAAUGGGCUGGUAUAGAGGUCGUGCUUUCUGGUGCAGAAUCGCCUGGCGAGGGCGAGCACAAGAUUAUGGAGUACAUCCGUACUAUGCGCGAAUCUGGUCGUAUGCAGCCCAACACCCGUCACUGUGUGUACGGGCUGGACGCCGAUUUAAUCAUGCUUGGGCUUGUGACUCACGAGCCGCACUUUUUCCUUCUCAGGGAAAAAAUCGACUUUAGCAGUUGGAGAAAGAAAUCUGGGCCACGAGUGGCCACGUCACUGGAUACGGCCGUGUUUGGCGACUUUGAGCUCUUAUCAAUCGGCGUGUUUCGCGAGUAUCUCGCCUCAGAGCUUGGCGCGGACAACAACUCUAAGUUGCCGUUCUUUGACGUGGAGCGCGUCACAGACGAUUUCGUCUUCAUCGUUAUGUUGAUUGGAAACGAUUUUCUUCCUAAUCUCCCAACGUUGGCCAUUGCUGAUGGAACUCUCAAUGUAAUGCUCCAUUUGUACAAAAGGGCUCUGCCGAGAAUGGGGGGUUAUCUUACUCAAUCCGGCAAGAUUGUCCCGGAGCGCUUGGAGUAUUUUAUAGCAAAGCUAGGAAUGCUGGACAAACUCAUCAUGCGAGGGAAGUUAGAGGCAGAAGAGCAGGCUAAUCGUGGCAGAAAGAAAGGCACCAGAAACACAGCAGUUCAGAACAUGGACCUCGAUGACGUUUUCGGGUUCAAGCACACUUUCGCUAACGGAGAGUCACGGUUGGCUGCUGUGCGCUCCAUGAAGUUAGCUGAGUUAAAGCUUGAGGCGGAAAACAUCAACCGGCGAGUAGCAGACCGUGAACUUGUUGAAAUGAAAACCAACUACUACAGCCAGAAGUUCGGCAAGGACUUUCUGAGCAGUGAUUCCGGGGGACUGCAACUUUUGACGCAGCGCUACAUUGAAGGGAUUUGGUGGGUGUUGAGGUAUUACAGUGAGGGAUGCAGGCACUGGCGAUGGUUUUAUCCAUUCCACUACGCUCCGUUUCCCUCAGAUAUUUCAGGUAUUGGGGCAAAGCUGGCGAAGUACGAGCUUACUACUUUCACGGUUGAUAGACCGUUUCGCCCUCUGGAGCAAUUGUUGUCUGUUUUACCUCCCGUGUCUUCUUGGUGUUUGCCCAAACCUUAUCGUGCUCUCAUGACAAGUGCAGCAUCACCUAUUCGGGACCUAUAUCCCAGUGAGUUCGAAACUGACCUCAACGGAAAGAGAAAUGAUUGGGAAGCUGUGGUCCUGCUCCCGUUUGUGAGUGAAGAACGUUUGUUGAAGGCGAUUACAACAGUCCCGUUGGAAUCCCUUGCUAGAGAUGAGAUCGUCAGAAACAAUCACGGUCCCUCUUUUCUUUACAAGAUGUCUCUGACUUCAAAGGUCGAGCAGUCUUCUCCAUUUGGAACACGGCUACCAUCGUUCGUGAGCAAUGCAAAGAGGACAAACCUGGUCCUUCCGAAGAUACCUUCCGGAAGACCAUUCAGUCCAAGAUGGUUGAAAGGCACUCUCGCACCCCACGCAAAUGAAUCUCUAAAAGAUUUGCCGCACUUAGGUGCUUUUAAACACAGCGGUCGUUUGGCUUUCGUAGGCCUCAACAUUUUUGGCUCACCCAGCCGAAAUGAAACAUAUGUGUUGGAGAUUGACUUUGAUUCAAAUGAUGCGACUGCUGCAUCUAGGAGAAUCGGGUCUAAAAAGACUGCAGAGGCCCUUGGGCUAUCUAUUGAAUCUCCGGUUUGGUUUGGAUACCCUUGGCGCGCUGCUGGCAUCAUUGAUUUCGUUGCAGAUCGCUCUCACAGGAAGACAAUUGGAAACACUCAAGGUAACGGAUUGGGAGCAGGGCAGGUUGCAGCUGUUCAGCAAACAAGCGAAGCAUCGUAUAAAAGGGAUUCCAGUAUACUUUUAUCGAAUUGGCUUCAGAAACAUGGUGUGCAGUUGCCUCCUCCGCAGGAAAUUAUCGGGGUCAAGGUUGACGCCUCAGAAAAUGCUAUAGGUCAGGAGGACAGAGCAAAAGAGGUAACACUUUGCGAUACGCACUUUGUGAGAAGCAGGGUUUCCUCGAAGACUUCCUUAUAUGACUCAAGGAAGAGCUCUGAUGGUUUAAUAGUGGGGCAGACAGUUGUCUAUGUUGGCAGUGGAUCACAUUUCGGGCAAAAGGCAAAAGUUUGCUCACCGAUCCGCAAUGGAGCCGUCAAGGUUGAAUUUGGAAUGGCGGUAUCUUGCGCACGUGAGCCUGCGUUCGGUUAUCGAGUUGUUUCAAUUUCCAGCAAACAGCGAUGGAUGACAAUUUCAAAGCUGUCGGCAACAGUUAAUUUGCCAGUUUCGGUUUUGGAUGCGUUUCUAAGUUCGGUUCUUGUUCAGUUGCAAUCCGGGAGGGAAAAGAUUGAUCUCGGGAUUGGGAUUAAAUACAUCGGACGUGGACUAUAUAUUCCAGGAUAUGCCCGACGAGAAGAAAAGCAUUACUACACGUUUUCAGAGAAGACCAUAGACUUGUUGCGGAGGUAUCGCGAAGCGUUCCCCCUUCUCUUUGAAACUGUGGGCAAAUUCAAGGCGGCGGAAUUGAGGGCAGGGAAUUCUAGGCCUCGCGGAAACAUUGUGUACAAUGCCAGAGAUGUGUUUGGAGCAAGUGGAAAAGCGGAUGAUGCUGCGAGAGCGGCAGCGGCGUGGAUAUCAGUGCAAGAAGUAGCGAAGUUGCCUCUAGUCUCUGUCGAUGCACAGGUUUUGCCAAAGGAGACUGUGGCCGAGCUGGAGAAACACGGCAGUAUAGUACUUGCGUUACAAGACGAGUAUACGGCGUCGGUGGGGAAUGUUGACGUUUCGAAACGAUGCAGAGAAGUAGCUCCAGAGGUGUUAGUGACUGGAAAUGAAGGGUUAGACUGGGGUCAGAAUUUAAGCAGUGGAAGCUUUACAGCUAGCGCACUUGUACCUUCAAACGCAUAUGGAUUGAGGUUGGGAGAUCGAGUGGUGAAUCGAAUGGGAUUUGGAGGGGUACCGUUUGGACUACGCGGAACUGUUGUAGGGAUUCAUCCGCCUACUGGAACAGAAGGUUUGGAACGGAGCAAGGACAAUGAAAUGACGGGGUGCACUCUGAUUGAAGUGGUAUUUGACGAAGGUUUUAUCAGUGGGAGUAGCCUAAGCGGGAGAUGCAGUGACGGACGUGGGAAGGCGGUGCCAGCGCAGAGUUUAUUCAUCACCCGGCCCGACAGAGAAAAUCAAUUCUACGUGAAGAACUACGCUCGAAUGGCAGCAAAAACUGCAGUGACAAUGAAAAGAAACGAAAAGGAGAACGCGGCGACAAAGGCGAUCUCGGUGGCGAUUGCGAAGGCAUCGGUGAUAUCAUAUGCGGAUGCACUGUCGAAGAAGGGAUGGAAUGGGAAGGCGAGGUUGACGGCGGAUGCCGCAGGCUUUGUGCCCGAGGCGGUAGCUUCGUACAAGUCAGUGGAAGGUGGACAGGCGUGGCAGGGUAUGACAAAAACAGUGGCGGCCAAAGCGAUGCAUGAAGUCGGGUCCGGCACUUCGUUGCCCCGGGCAGGGCCGCGGGACACUGAGAGGCAUGGGGCGAACAGAGGGGGGGGACGGCAGUGGGUGCAGGGGGCGGCGAGUGUCGGGCGAGGAACACAGAUGAAGAGAGAUAUCGGGCGACUGGAAGGUAACGGACCAAGCGGCGUAGAUGAAGCGGCUGCAGAGGCGGCGCGCCUUACAGCUAUGCUGAAGAAGGAGCUAGGAAUUUCGGCGAUGGGAGGUGAUGAGAUGGUCGGCAAGGCAGUCGUAGGAGAGAUGGAUAGGAAGACGAAAACGGUUAAUGGGGAAGAGGGGACGGAGAAGGAUGAUUUAGUUGUGAUGUGGGAGCAGCUGCAGCGGGAGGCGGGGGGAAUGUAAUGGACUAGCGACGAGAGGGGUGUAAUGGUGGAUUUAGGGGCUGAGGAUUGCGCUGAUCCGCGCCGUUGGUGUUAGGAGUGGCACGUGGACCCGUAUGCACACGUGUGUGCAAUCUCAGGGUUUUACCGUAGCUACCAGAAUGUACUUCCCUCUCCCUCGGUAGGAGAAAGAGUAUCAAAUUUGUGAGGCGCUGGUAACAUGCAUCGCCAUCCUUCGUUCUCUCUCGUCUGUACCACAGUGAAAACUAUUUCUGU